UUGAACCGGAAGUUUAAGAUAAGUCCGCUUUAAUGAACUUGAACACGUCGUUUUCACAGCUCUAACUCUGGACGCAGAGAUGUCUGGAGCUGAGAUGGACCCCGAUGUGGCAUUAGGACUGUUUGAAGAAGGAGCCACUUUGGUUCUCCUCGGCGUUCCUGAAGGAACCGAGCUCGGGCUGGACUAUAAGACCUGGGGGGUCGGUCCACGUUUCCGUGGUGUUAAGAUGAUCCCUCCCGGAGUCCACUUCCUCCAUUACAGCCCGGCUAAUGCCCAGAGUCAGGGAGGAGAACUGGGUCCUAAACGGGGUGUGUUCCUCUCGCUGAAGCCCCGCGAGAUCCUUCUGGCGCACUGGGACAUGAACGAGGAGGAUUUGGACUUUUCGGCGUCAGAGAACGAAGACGAGGUUUCUCGCGUGAGAGCCGGCCUUCGUGAGUUCGACUCAUAUCUGGGGCCGUAUCCGUACGACACGCUGAGGAAGUGGGUGUCUCUGACGGAUAAACUGAGCCAGGAAGUGGCGAGCGCGCUGCAGCCUCUGAGCGGACGCGUGUGCGCCUUCAGUGACGUGGUUCCCGAGCUGCAGCUCACACACACCAAAGACAGAACCGAGCAGAACCUGCCACGGAACGACACGCAAUGCCAGAGCAUGAAGGAGGGACUGGAUAGACUUCCACGCAUGAAGCAGAGGGAAGGAACGGAAUUCCGGUUCUCCACCAUCCCUGAACACACCUAUCCUCUGGGAGCCACGCCCGCUCAGAUCACACAGUGCAGCAUGGACCUCAGCUAUGCCCUCAACCUCCUGCUCGAGAACCACUACAAGGAACAGCCGCUCAACAUCCUCGGCGAGCUGCAGUUUGCCUUUGUGUGUUUCCUCAUCGGGAACGUGUACGAGGCGUUUGAACACUGGAAGCAGCUGCUGAUUCUCCUCUGCAGGAGUGAGGAGGCCAUGAGACAGCGCUCUGAUCUUUACCUGGGCCUCAUCAGCGUCCUCUACCACCAGCUCGGAGAAAUUCCCCCCGACUUCUUCGUCGAUAUCGUGUCCCAGAACAACUUCCUCACCUCCACGUUACAGGAUUUUUUCCAGUUUGCCGGUUCUCCAGGUAUCAACGCUACUCUACGCAAAAGAGCGGAGAAGUUUAAAGCCCAUCUGACCAAGAAGUUCCGCUGGGAUUUCGACGUAGACCUGGACGAGUGUGCGCCGGUGGUGGUGGAGCUUCCCGAAGGAGUCACGUUGGACUGAGGCUGGCACGAUGUUCUGUAUAAUACCGGAGAGAAGUAAAGAGACAGUAAAGUGCUUCAGUUCCUACUGAGGAGAAGAUGAAGGUUCCUGGUCCACACAUGGACAUGACUGAUCUUUUCAUCCUUCAUCAUCAUCAUCAUCAUCGUGAUCAGUGUCUGUAAUUUAAACACUUAGCAGAAGCGCUAUAGUUUGGCUAAAAAUAAAAAAUAUGUACGCCACAUCACUUUACUCCACGUGUCUGAAGGUCCAGUGUUUCCCUUUCAGAAAGGGUCUCAAUACAUGGUAGAACCCAUUUAGGAGGCUAAAAACCAUUAAGAAUCCAACGAACCCUUAAUGGAACCUUGAAGAAUAUUUAUUUUCUAAGAGAAUAAUAAGCUCCUGACAAAUAUUAGGUAUUAAGAAGACAAUCAUUUGGAGUUUGUCUUGCAGACCUCCCCAGUUAACACACACUGUCUCAUAAACAAGGGUUCUCUAAGAGUUCAUUGCAUAAUUAAGGGUUUUUAGCUUACAAAAAUGGUUCUACUUGGAAUCCAUACUACUAGGAAAACACUUUGGUUGUUGUAGAUUUCUACAUAGACCUUUAACGUUUCCUGACAGGGACAACUGGAGAACCCUUAACGUUGUUUUACCUGCACUGUGACCAACAUGGAACAUUAAAAGCACUGGGGGAACCCUAAAGUUUCUAUGUAGAACCCUACAAUAAUGUUUCCUUCUCAGAAAGGGUUCCAAAACAGGUUAGAACCAUUGAAGGGGGCUGAAAACCCAUCAUUACCCACUGAAGCCUUAAAGAACUCUUCAAGAAACUUUGUAAAGCCGUAUCAAGAGCUAAAUGUUAAGCACCUGACAGGUUCUCGGUCUUAAGAAGGAAAUAAUGGACGAGAACUUGGAGCUUGUACUGCACACCUCCAGAAAGUCUGGAAAUUGUUUAAUUAUGUAUGUUAUAAAGGUGAUGAUUUAGACACGCUAAACUGGUGGCUAUGAACUGUUAUUGUUAGCUACAUUAGCUUCUGUCAGUUUAGUCACUCAAGCUUCAUACACUAGACAACCUUGUCUGAUUGACUAUAUUUGGGAGUAAAGAAGGGUUUAAAGUGGCAAUUUUCUUUUCUUUUUUUGCCACACUAUAACUUUACAUGAAUAAACAUGUUUUCAUUCUUUC